GAAAGAGUUUUAUGGCUUAAAUAGUUCUGUUUGACUCGAAUAUGAUUGGUUCCAUAAAGGAUGGUUCAUGGUUGUGGUUUUUAAAAAAGAAAUGUCUAUUCAUGCCACACUCUACUGCCAACAACUGUUGUCGAGUUGUGAGCAAUUUUCAAUUUCUCAUUCAGGUUCCUAAAUAAGACCCUGUUUGUCUUUCACUGAACUUUACUCUUAAUUACAAGGGGGUGCAUCAGCAUUAGCUUAAGUGAGAAAAGAAGUAGCAAGAUUAGAGAAGAAGGGAGGGGCGGUAAUGGCAGAAAGGUACUUUUACAAGGACUUACUUCCUUUUGGGGCCAUGGUGACCAUGGAAGUCAUCAACGUUGCCUUGAAUACUCUCUUCAAAGCAGCUAGCAUGAGAGGGAUGAGCUAUCAUGUCUUUGUUGUUUAUUCUUAUGCUGUUGCUGCUAUUUUACUCCUUCCUGCACCUUUCAUCUCCAGAAGAUCAAGAGUGCUUCCUCCUCUCAGUUUCUCAGUAAUGUGCAAAAUUGGUCUGCUUGGGCUGAUUGGGUGCACAUCUCAGAUUGUGGGCUACACAGGCAUCAGUUACAGUUCUCCCACUCUCUCCUCCGCAAUAAGCAAUUUGGUGCCAGCUUUUACCUUUUUGUUUGCCGUCAUUUUCAGGAUGGAAAAGGUGGCUAUAAAAUCUUCAAGUACUCAAGCCAAAGUCUUGGGCACCAUAGUAUCAAUAACAGGGGCAUUUAUAGUGACUCUCUACAAAGGGCCACCAAUCAUCAUUCUUCAAAGAUCACUUUCACUUAAUCAACCAACAAAUAACAUUCUUAGAUCAGUGGAUCGAAAUUGGGCCAUUGGUGGCCUUCUAUUGACAGUAGAGUACACACUGGUUCCACUUUGGUACAUAGUACAGGUGCAAAUCAUGAAGGAGUACCCUAAUGAACUAACUGUGGUCUUCUUUUACAACUUAUGUGUAAGCACAAUGGCUGCAGUUGUAGGUGUGAUUACUGAGACAAAGGCAAGUGUUUGGAAAAUAGGGCUAAAUACAGCAUUGGCUUCCAUCCUCUGCUCGGGAAUUUUUGGAUCAAUCUUGAACCUUGCAGUUCACACACACAUGCUGCAUUUGAAGGGGGCAGUCUAUGUAGCUAUGUUCAAGCCACUCUCAAUUGCCAUAGCUGUUGUCUUGGGAGUCAUGUUCCUUGGUGAUACUCUCCAUCUUGGAAGUGUAAUUGGAGCAACAGUAAUAUCAAUUGGGUUUUAUACUGUAAUGUGGGGAAAAGCAACAGAAGAAGUGGAUGAUGUCCCUAGGCAGGAACCACCAACUACAGAGAAUGCUCCUCUCUUGCAAAGCUAUAAAACUAAGUGGUCAGAAAAGACAAUGGAUGGAACUGUAUAAAAGAUAAAUAAAACUUCUCAAAACUUGUGUUGCCAACUGCAGAGUAGCUACAACUGUUAGAAACAAUUCAAGGGAAUAACCAAUUUCUCUGUCUCUUGUAAGUUGUAACACGUUUUAGAAAGCUUCUUGGGAAGAUUCUGGCAAGAAAAAUGCAUAUUGCAAAAAACCAAA